AUGGUGGGAAGAAAGAAAAGGGGAGCGGCUGCUCAGCUUGUUCGUACUCCCAGUAUCUCGACGCGCUCGGGGCGCACUGCUCAAGAUGUCAUCCCUCCCACGCCCACCCGCGGAAGAGGUCGCGGGCGAGGACGUGGUCGCGGCCGUGGUCGGGCAAGUCUUCCUGGUCGUCUGCCUUCCAGCAUUGAAACUCCGAGCAGCCCAGUGCGCUCGCACAUUGUCAAGCUGAAAAUACCUUCUUUGAUCCAACGUGCUAUCUCAGAAGAUGCUUUUGAUGAUGAUGAUGAUGAUGAAAGCGCUCCAACCAGCGCUGUCUCCCGCAAUCCGGAGACUCCUCGCAUCCGACGUUCUCGUCGUGCCAUGGCUGUCCCCGAGUCUUCGCGAACUACCCGUCAGUCCGCCAGACUCAAGCCUAAUGCCGAUGGCACUUAUGAAGAAGUGUCGCCCACCAAAUCUAUGGAAACUGAUGCCAGCCAGCCAGAUGAUGACACGGACUCAAAUUACGAUGAAGAUUUCAAGUCAGAACCUGCCAUUCGCAAAACUUCUCAAUCUCCUCAGCCUCGCAUUAUUGCUUCUGCCCCAGCCUCGCCUGGAGCUACUCACAGCGCAGCUGAUGAGAUGACCGACGAUCAAUUCAAUGAUAUUGAGCCUACCAAAGCCAAGGACGACCCAGCUGUCACUGAAAGUCCCAAAAUGGCCGAAUUUGAAGAAGCUCCAUUCGGAACUGUGUCCCCUCGACUUUCUCGCAAGCGCAAGUCACUGGACAUGCAAGAUGAAACCCCGGAAGUUGGUUCCGAAGAACUCCCUAGCAAAAAGUUGCGAACUGAUGAAACCGAAACUGAAGAGGCUGCCGAAAGCCCCAUGCAAAAUGGAAAUGAAAUGGAAACUCAGGCUGAAACAACACCUGAGGAUGUUCCUGUUCCCUCUGAUGAAUUUGAUCCCCCGGCUUUUGCUCCCACUGUUCGAGGCCGUGGAGGUCGAGGAUCCCGCGGCGGUCGAGGUCGGGGACGUGGCCGUGGCCGUGGCCGCGGCAGCCGUGGAGGAUUUGUCGGUCCAAUUCGCUCUACAGUUCCCAAGCCUCGUGGCGGCCGAGGACGUGGUCGUGCUCGCCAGACCACCAUUAUCAAACGUGGCAAGAAGAUCGAAGAUGAGAUCUGGGAUGCCGAGAACUGGCGUGGUCGCACUCCAUCACCUACACCUGACACACUACCAACCAAAAAUCGCCAAGACGAAAUGACGACUCUGUUUAAAAAGAUUGGCCAGGCGCAACAGAUUGCGCUGGGUUUCAUGUCUGAACAGUCCAUGCACAAACUUGCCCGCGAAAAGAAUGCCCACAAGGAUUGCCCUGAGUUUGCUCAAGUCCAGCAGGAUCUGGCCGAGUACCAACGCAAGGCGAUUGAUCGGUUGACCGCUGAUCACAAGUGGAGAAUGGAAUUAAUCAAAGAAAAGCGCGACGUAGAUCUUUACAACCACAGGGAUCAUGCCAAUAAUGUUCUCAAGGAGAUUCAAGAUGAGAUGGUCACUCUUCUCAUGGGCAAGUUCAUGUCGGCGAUCAUUGGCCGCAGAGCAGCAGAGGAUGAUGAACAUACGGAGACCGAUACAUCUGAUUCGGAACACGCUGAAAAGCAAUUCCUCUUCAGAAUCGGCGACACAGCCAUCCGCCAAGUAGAGCGUGGGUUCCUCGCCGAGGCAGUCCGGGAACCCGAAGGGGCUCUCGACUACACGCAAGCUGACGAAGGCUGGGAUGACUUCGAUCAAAAAGCACGCAUGGGCAAAAUCAACGAGGAAAUUCAGCCACCGGAGCCAGCGGACAUGGAAGGAGUCAUCUACCCCGGCCUCGCUUUCGACAGUCUCCUCGAAGCAGCAAAUGUUGUCAGCUCCUCAGAAACAUCUGGCAGACAGCUCACCUACGACGGUGCCUCCGACUACCCCGUGGACCCCCACCCACGCUCUCUCUCCCUUCUAGCCGACGCAGCCCUCUUAGAGCCUCCCCCAACGCAUCUCCCUCAGAUGCAAACAUCACUCCCUCCUCACCGCACCCCCUAUCCUCCACCUCACCACCUCUCUCACACCCAUGCCCACCACGGCCACGGGCACCCAGGUCCAGGACCAGCACAUGGACCAACAGACCCCCGCUCAUUCAUCCUCCCCCGCCCAACUCCAACCCAGCAACCACGCCGUCUCCUCCCAGCCCGUGGCCAGCUGGGCUUGGGUCUCCCAGACCCCUUCGCAAUGACCGGCCCGCCACAGCUGCCUCCACCCCCAGGCUCGAACUUCGCGCGCCUCCCCUUGCCAAGUGGUUACCUCCCACCCCCAUCAGGACACCCUGCCCCGCCACCCUCCCUGUACUUCCCUCCUCCCCAACCGGGUUCGCACCCCCCUCCCCCUCCCCCUCGUCGCUACUAA